CUCCUUCUCCAUCCCGCAUGGCGUCGCGCCGCGCGUCCGAGGCGAGAUCCAAGUCCAAAGACAGCGCCGUUCUCUCCGUGCCUUCACGUGCGCGCCAAGCCACCGCCGGACUUGGAGAAGCCAGACCACAGCACCCAAAACGACACCCCCAACUCCACCGCCACUGCCGCCGGAGGCGGGGCCGAGGUGGCGGUGGGGACAUGGUGGAUUCGGUGGUGGCGCGGUAGCGGCGGGAGAACAUGCUCAACAAGAGCCCCCUCCGAUGCGGCCGUCGCCAACCCUAACCCUGUCGUCGCCAAGGUCGUCCUCUUCCUCGACCCCCUCAAGUCCGAGGAGACCUCACUCCAGUUCUUGGAAGAGUGAAAGAUUUCUUGGGAGAUAUGGCAAAGGCGAACGAGAAAUUGCAGCUCGAUGUAAAAAAUAAGCGUCCUGAAGGGUAUGAACGUCCUGAAGAGUGUGAUAUAGAAGCGCUUACAGGAAAUGAGAAGGAAUAUAUUGAGAUGGAUUUGCUUCUUGGUGUAGCUGAUUUGCAUUCAGAGAAAGCUGUAGAGGUGGCUGAAGCAAUAAUGAACGGUUUCCCACCUGCAGGAAGGUCAUUCACUUGUAGCUCAUCUGACUCUGAAGAUGAUAUAGUGACGAAGAUGGUGGUGAUGAACAAACCAUGUCUGCCAAAGAUGAAGAUGAACUAGAGACUCAAACAUCAAAAUAAAAGAAGCCCAAUAAACAAUAGAAGAUCGUUGUUCUCAACUAGAAUGCUAGCCAUUCUUGACAAGCAAGGACAUGGAUUAGUAACACAAGGAUCCAACACCUGGUAUUAGGACAACUUGAAGAAUAGACAUCCAGAUAUCAGAAUUGCCCACCGUUUUUUGUCCUAGAAUGCUCUAGGAUUAUAUGCUAGCUCACAUUCUGAAUUACAUAAAAAAUAAGCUUCCUCAGAUGCAUAUCAUUCUCGAUGAAGAAAAUGUGAAAAACAAUGAGAUUUAGUACUUAUAUACUAUUACUAUU